AAUAUCACUACAACCUACAUGCCAUAAUUGGUAUGUUGUUCGGUUCUAGUGGUACACAAAUAAAUAAACAGGACUCAGCUGUCACUGAUUAUCCUAAGUAAAACGCAAAUCGUUGGUUCUUCUUAACGUAUCGAUUAGCAGACUAUGGCACAAAAACGACUCUCAAAGGAGUUGAAAGACAUUAUCAAUGAUCCACCGCCAGGCUGUUCAGCUGGGCCAGAAAAUGAUGAUUUGUUUCAUUGGUCAGCUUCACUCACUGGACCGGAUGGGAGCCCAUAUCAGGGAGGCGUUUUCUUUCUCAAGAUGAUUUUUCCUACAGACUAUCCAUUCAAACCUCCCAAGGUGAUGUUUACAACUAAGAUCUACCACCCAAACAUCAACACUUCAGGCAGUAUAUGCUUGGAUAUUCUUAGAUCUCAAUGGUCUCCUGCCCUCACUGUUGGCAAAGUCCUGUUGUCGAUAUUAGCUCUCAUGUCAGAGCCCAAUCCAGACGACCCAUUGGUGCCAGACAUAGCAAACUUGUUCAAGAAAGACAAGAAGAAGUACGAACACACUGCUCGGGAAAUGACUAAAAAACAUGCGACUUAAGAAACAUUGUUGUAAAUGUGAUCAUUUGAAUAAUGUCGUGCAAAAAUGGGUCUUAUGCCAUAUGCAACAAAUGUAGUUUUAGGUUUUAUGGUCUCAUAAGAGAAUUGGGUAGUUCCUGACCAGACUGCACAGAGCUACUCUGUCAGAAAACAGCAGAAGACCAAUUUUUGCAUGAUGCAGAUCAUUUUUAAGUGUGAAUCGAGUUAAUUCGCACUGCAUCAUGUGUAUGUGGACAAAGUCCAAACUUUUUAUGAAAAUUUCCUUUAAAUGGAAUAAGAUAUUAUGAUUUAUAUGUAUUUGAUUGAAACAGUGUAUAGAAAUGUUUCGAAUCAUUUAUAUAUUUAAAUUAAGAAUUAUAAAUUUUUGUUGGAUAAGUUCCAUAAAAUGUCAUUAUGAGCAAGCCUCAGUAUUUUGUUAUUUAUAUUGUGGAACAGUCCUGCCUUAGUUUGAGAUUGAACACAGAAGACUGGUAGUAUUAGGACAAAAUGUGGAAAAUAUUAAAUCAACAAUUGAUAACUACCAGUGAACAUGUACAUAACGCUAUUCAAACUGUCAGUGCUUAUUGAAUACAAUAAACAUUUUCAUUUAACAAUGUUUGUUUCAUAAUUUGUUGACAUUUGAUUUCAUUGUUAUUGAUAUUUUGAUUCCUAUUUCUUAGAAGGGUGGCUAGUACAUGUAGAUGCAGUGAAGCGUCAUUAAGUCUGUCAAGCAUGAGUUUUUCAAUGAUGCAAUCUUAUGUGUUUAUUUUAAAUUUCAAAAUAAUUUCUUUAACUUGUUGUCCUAAUAUUUUCUAAAUGUUACAAAACGGUCUAACUGCAAUGUAUUAGUUUUGCACGAAUCUUUAAGUAAAUGAGCCUCGGUCAGUUAAAACUGGGCAUAAUGCAUGUGCGUAAAGUGUCGUCCCAGAUUAGCCUGUGCAGUCCGCACAGGCUAAUCAGGGACGACACUUUCCGCUUUUAUCAUAUUUUUUGUUUAAAUGAAGUCUCCUCUUUGCAAAAAUCCAAUUUAGGCGGAAAGUGUCGUCCCUGAUUAGCCUGGAUGACACUUGACGCACAUGCAUUAUGCCCAGUUUUCCAAGACCAGGGCUCAAAUGAUGUUCAUUUGCCCGCCUUUGAUUAAGUGAUACACUCUACUUUUUCCACGCUUGUACCUGUGUAUUUCACAACUUGCAGUGUAAAUGAUGUCCCUAAGUAAAUUGCAUGUUACAGAGAACAAGAUAGAAGUAAGAACAAUUGGAAAAUAUAUAUAUAUACUUUAUUACUGAAAACGGAAAGAAAACCUGCUUUAGUUUGUUGCCAAACUGUUAUAUACAACAAUAUCAAUUAAUAUCACUGAUUUGAAGACAGAUCAAAUUAUUUUUUACUGGCUUUUACAUACAUUUACUAACUGUUUUACUCAGUUUUUUGUGAUAGUUGUCCAUUAAAUGUAUUUGAAAUUUUGUUGUGCGAUAGUUAUGUGUGGGUGCUAAUUUGUUAAAUUUUCAAGGUUUAUUCCAAUUAUUUAUAUGACCAUGCUGGUUUAUGAAUUGAGUGCUUUACAGGAACAUUAAAAAUGAUUUUACCUA